UGUGUAAUGUUUGACAGAUCGGCAUAGUUUGACAAAAGUGCAACUGGAGUGAAUUAUUUGGAUUGCAUCGAAAUCACAGCCGCGGGUGUUCCAUGCAGAUAAGCCAAUCAGUGGUCGUGCAACAUCGUAACAAGCAAUUUCUAGUUUAAAUCCGGCAAUUAUAAUUCUGCUGUCAAUUAGAGAAACAACACCAGUAUUCGCAUAUUCGUACAUUUCCUUUAUGGCCUUGUGAAUGUGCCCCACGAGUGAUUCAUUCAAAGUGUAGCUUCAGUUGUUUGCACUUGUUAUUACCUUUUCGCCAACGUUCGGCCUAUGUUCCGGCAAAAGUCCACAAGCUUAGUAUGGAACGAUUGAAGAAAUAUGUGCACAUUGGAAAUUCCGCUAGGGAGAAAUGCCUGCAAUGAAGAAUCACAAAAUCAGCCAGUAUCUGAGUCCUAAUCAUGCGAACAAAAAAUCUACUACUUAUUUUGUUUGCGAUCAUUUUAACUAGUCUCAUUUUCAUCAUUCUCAGUCCAGCUGGGCCGCAAAAUGACUCUCUGAAAAACAUUGUUUCGCAAACACAUAUGCAACUAAAGGAAUUGCAGGAAAACUUCCGCGCGACACAGGAAAAAAAACUUAAUGUUGACUCGAAAUAUCUAUCUUUACUUGGAUUUAAUGCUCCUAUAUAUAAUGGAACGAAGGCGAAUUUUUCAAUUGUAACAUAUGUCAGAAGUGGGCAGGCAGCAUCUGCAAUUCUUUUAUCCCAAAAUAUAGCGGCGAAAUUUCCUUUAGAAUACUUUUUAAUAUACGAUUUAGGUCUGUCUGAAGACGAUGCACAUUCUUUGUCUGCCUUUUGCAAUAAUUCUAAGUGUUCUGUGAUUCCGUACGACUUAUCGCCUUUCCCAUCACAUGUUGCUGACGAACGCAUGCACGCAUAUCGCCCCUUGAUUAUAAAGGAUGCAUUAACUCGUUCGAAAUCCAUACUUUUUGCCGAAAACAGCAUUCGUAUAAAAGGCAGCAGUCGCGAAUUCAACGAAAUAAAGUCAAAAUCACACGGUGUUUUAGGUUGGACAAUAGCGAAAGCAGUUUCUACAAGAACACAUCCGAAAAUGUUUGAUUAUUUUGAAACGGACUCAAACAGCUUUCUCUUCGUAAGAAUGGUUACACUGGAUUCGGUUUUUUUCACCGACUCGCACGUCGUCAAUAGGAAAAUAAUGCUACCGUGGAUAAAAUGUACACUUACGCUCGAAUGUAUCGAUCCAAUAGGAGCACAGUCCGCUGGAUGUAAAUAUAACAAGAAACCGCAGUAUCGUUAUUCGGGAUGUCACGCUUAUGAUGUAUCAGCUUUUAAUAUAGUGCUGGGGCUGACAUGGCACCAUGAAGAAUCGAAGUAUUCGCUGCCUGGUGAAAAGAACACCCUUUUCUAUCAUGAAACUUUAGAGCAAGCUACAAAAAUUCUAGAGAAUAAGAAGCGUAAUAACACUGAAAUAGAACAUUCGUUUACGGAUGAGUAACA